CAGAACGUUCUGGCCGGAGCGCUGUUCGGGCCGUGGGUCGGGCUGCUGCUCUGCUCUGCGCUGACGUCCCUGGGAGCCACCUGCUGCUAUCUGCUGUCCGGAGCCUUCGGGAAGCGUUUGGUGGUGCGCUGCUUUCCGGAUAAAGUGGCGCUGCUGCAGAGAAAGGUCGAAGAGAACAGGAGCUGCUUGUUUUUUUUCCUGUUGUUCCUGAGGCUGUUCCCCAUGACACCAAACUGGUUUCUGAAUCUCUCGGCUCCCAUCCUGAACAUCCCCAUCUCCCAGUUCUUCUUCUCCGUCCUCAUCGGUCUUACACCCUACAACUUCAUCUGUGUACAGACAGGAGCCAUUCUAUCACAAAUCAACUCUCUGGAUGCCAUUUUCUCUUGGGACACACUGCUCAAGCUGCUUCUAAUGGCUAUGGCAGCAUUGAUACCAGGGACUCUGAUCAAGAAAUACAGCAAGAAGCACUUAAAGCUGGAUGAAGAUGAGCACGCUCCAUUACUCAAUGGCAAAAAGAGCAUGUGAUGGCUCAGAUGGCCCUUGUGCUGGGGGGACUGCCUCACAAAAGCUGCGGGUCUCUGUUCCUGUGGGUUAUAUUCUGCAUGCUCUGUGUCCUUGUGGACCAUGGAUAAUUGCAGCUUUUAUUCUUCUCCUCAUCUAAGAGGAGGUGCAACGUUCUCCUUUUUAAUUAAUGUUUUAUCGUGCAUGGAUCUGCACUGAAAAUAGAAGGAAACUUGGUGAACACUGGA